AUGUUUCGCACAAUCAGAACGAUUGUGCUGACCCGCACCGAGUUCCUCGACACGGUCGAGCCUGCAGAAACAACCACAGAAGAUCAAGACUGCCCCAUCUGCUACAAUCCAUUCACGGACCCGGUCAAGUUCCCUUGCUCGCACAUUUUCGACAGGGAGUGCGCAACCGAGUGGCUUCAGGGGUUUGGCGUCAACACCUGUCCGAAGUGCCGUGCACCGCUCUUUGGGCUACCCUUGGAAGAGGUCGAACCACCAGAAGACCAGGAAGACGGAGAACAACUGCAAGACGGAUGGCUCGAGCCAGGGUCUGAGGAACAGCUAGCAGGCUUACGCGAUGGCCUACAGCGGUCUGGUCUCCAGGAGUCUCGCUCUGAUCAAGCAACGGUGCUGACCACGUUCGGUUUUGAUCAGUUCUCAGAGUCGAUGAUCUACGAUGCCAGCGUUGAUGUUGCCGUGUGGCUAACCCGCGACAGCGGCCAGCUCGAAUCGGGUGAGAUGUUUAUCCUUAGAUCAGAUGGCGGCGAACCUGACAUCGUGCGUGGUCUUGCAACGCUUCACGUCAACGACAUCUUGCUUACUCGAAUGGUAGCCCUCGGUCAUCUCAUUCCUGCCCUCGCAGCCGGGAGCAACGUGCCGUUCAGCCGAAAGAACUUCGUCAAUUGGUCCGCCAUGAUCAUGUUUCUCCGCAGCAAAUUGGAUUCAAUGGACGGACAGCUCGUAGACAUUGGCGAUCUGGCUGCCCAACUGUACGCGAAACUUCACAGUUCGGUGUCCCCUCCAGGUUGGUAUGCGCUUCAGACACCCUUCUUGACGCCACAUGAGGAAAUGGACGGCCCGAAAGUGGACGGACUGAACGUAGACAAGGUUGAGCUCGACACCAUCAUCGCCUAUGUGUGCUACUUCGUUUGGAGAGAGCAGCAAACCCGCGACGAGGAGAAGCAACUCGCUGAGGCGCAAGAGCAAGGAGGCAAAGGUGCUGGCCAGACUGGUAGACCUUCCGCUAUGGACCCACGCUGCCAGCAAAUGUAG